CAUGGCGAGGGUCCUAACCAAUUCUUUUAUGAGUUCUGCGGAAAGAACCAGCUCAACCCCACUGCACGGCCCAACGGCAGCACCCGUAGUAUCCACUUCAUGCUUGCAACGGCCCCUGUCAUCGAUCAGGAGGAGCGCAGUCGUAAGUAA